GUGACUCCGCCGUCAUCGCCUUUACGCACGGUCGCGACAGCAGCAGCCGAUCGUCAGGAAGGCUGUCCCUCUGCUGCCUCCGAACGCCCAAAAAACUUACCCCGAGGAGACAAAAACAGCGCCAGAGCCGAGCCACGAAGCCCCUCUGCACACUCCGAUGGAUUAGUCUGAGUUCGCUGCGACAGUAGAGAAUGGGCUGUGUCCAAUGUAAGGAUAAGGAAGCAGCUAAACUGACGGACGACAGGGAGACCAGCCUGUCGCAUAACUCGGGCUACCGCUAUGGCUCGGAGCCCACCCCUCAGCAUUACCCGGGCUUCGGCGUCACUACCAUCCCCAACUACAACAACUUCCACAGCGCCGCCACGCAGGGGGUCACCGUGUUCGGAGGGGUCCACAGCUCAUCGCAGUCCGGCACGCUACGGUCCCGCGGAGGAACAGGAGUGACUUUGUUCGUGGCCCUGUACGAUUACGAGGCUCGCACCGAAGAUGACCUCAGCUUCAGGAAGGGCGAGCGCUUCCAGAUCCUCAACAGCACGGAGGGAGACUGGUGGGAGGCGCGCUCUCUCACCACAGGAGGCACUGGAUACAUCCCCAGUAACUAUGUGGCUCCCGUGGACUCCAUCCAGGCUGAAGACUGGUAUUUCGGAAAACUAGGCCGGAAGGAUGCAGAGAGGCAGCUCCUGUCCAACGGCAACGCUCGGGGCACUUUCCUUAUCCGAGAGAGUGAGACCACCAAAGGGGCCUACUCUCUGUCCAUCCAGGACUGGGACGACAUUAAAGGAGACCAUGUGAAGCACUACAAAAUCCGCAAGCUGGACAAUGGAGGCUACUACAUCACCACCAGAGCGCAGUUUGAGACGCUACAGCAGCUGGUCCAGCAUUACUCUGCCCGAGCCGCAGGGCUGUGCUGCCGCCUCAUCGUCCCCUGUCACAAAGGCAUGCCCCGCCUCACAGACCUCUCCGUCAAAACCAAAGACGUGUGGGAGAUCCCCCGAGAGUCUCUGCAGCUCAUCAAGCGCCUGGGCAACGGACAGUUUGGAGAAGUCUGGAUGGGCACCUGGAACGGCACGACCAAGGUGGCAGUGAAGACGCUGAAGCCGGGCACCAUGUCUCCAGAGUCGUUCCUGGAGGAGGCUCAGAUCAUGAAGAAGCUCCGACACGACAAGCUGGUGCAGCUGUACGCCGUGGUGUCUGAGGAGCCCAUCUACAUAGUCACCGAGUACAUGAGCAAAGGAAGUUUGCUGGACUUCUUAAAGGACGGAGAGGGGCGAGGGCUCAAGCUUCCAAACCUGGUGGACAUGGCCGCCCAGGUGGCGGCGGGCAUGGCCUACAUCGAGAGAAUGAACUACAUCCACAGAGACCUGCGAUCGGCCAACAUCCUGGUGGGAGACAGCCUGGUGUGUAAGAUCGCAGACUUCGGACUGGCCCGGCUCAUCGAGGACAACGAGUACACCGCCAGACAGGGGGCCAAGUUCCCAAUCAAGUGGACAGCUCCCGAGGCGGCUCUCUAUGGGAAGUUCACCAUAAAGUCAGACGUGUGGUCGUUUGGGAUCCUGCUCACAGAGCUGGUGACCAAGGGGCGAGUGCCCUACCCAGGCAUGAACAACCGCGAGGUGCUGGAGCAGGUGGAGAGGGGCUACCGCAUGCCGUGCCCCCAGGACUGCCCUUCCUCCCUGCACGAGCUCAUGGUGCAGUGCUGGAAGAAGGACCCAGAGGAGAGGCCCACCUUCGAGUACCUGCAGGCCUUUCUGGAGGACUACUUCACUGCCACGGAGCCUCAGUACCAGCCCGGGGACAACCUCUGAGCCGGUGCCACUGCUGCUAAUGCUAAUGCUAAGGCUUUGGGUAAUGCUACGGCGGAAAGCAACGUCCACGUACAGGGAAGGGGGCUGGAGCAAGAGGAUUGGUCUGGUUUGGAGUAGUUUUGGGUAAUAUUUUUGAGAUUACUAGGUCGAGAUUAUUUAACUUGAUUGGAGUUACCAGUUAAAAGUUUGGACUCACUUUAUCAUCCUAUGUUUUUUUCAACAGUGCGAUGGCAGAAGUUUAUGAUUCUCUAAUUUUGACUUAAUUUGGUGGGAUAAAACCUGCUGUAAAAAUAUAUAUAUAUUUAUUUUUUUACACCGAUCAAGAAGCAAUUUGUCAGGAAAAGUUGAAAAAUAUGUUGAAAAUUACAGGAAGUAGAGAGUUCUUGAACACAUCGAUCACAUCACACUGGGGAGAACUCAAAAGUUACAUUACAUCACAAUUUACAAAUAAGAAACACAUUUAUUUCUGAUACUUUAAACAUGAAUUCAACAAAAGUUUUGGGCCAGUGUACAACAUGAUAACAGUUUUGGACUCCCUAGUGUGAUGUCAUAAUUUCCAACCAGGAAGUAAAAUUUGACUCCUAACAAUUGGCCAAACUGGGUAGUCUAACCUGUCAUACGGACUUUACUACAUUCGGUACAUACUGAAGACAUCAAAUAUAUGAAGGAAGACUUGGAUGCAAUUAUGUAGCAAAGACUAUUGAAAUCCUCAAAGUAGUCACCCUUUGCUUUGUCGACAGCUCUGCAAACCCUUGGCUUUCUCUCAAUGAACUUCAUGAUGAAGUCUCCUGAAAUGGUUUCACUUCACAGUUGUGCCUUGUCAGGGUUCAUUAGGUAAACACCAAGAGUGUGCACAAGUGUGUGAUCAAAGCAAAGCGUAAAGGAUAUUUUGAAGAAUCUUAAAUAUAAAACAUGUUUAGAGUAAUUUCACACUUUUUGCUGCUUACUACAUUCCACGUGUGUUCAUUCAUAGUUUCGAUGUCUUCAGUGAGAAUCUAUAUUGUAAAUAGUCAGGAAAAUAAACAUUACAUGAAAAAGUGUGUCCAAACGUUUGACUGGUAGUGUAUGUUUUUAAGACGAUAAUUGUUCGGUUUGUCUCAAUCAAAGUACAAAUAGAGAAAAAAGUCUAGUAAUACACUGAAUAAGUAAAAAUAAUGGGUCUGCAAAAUAAGAUUAGAAAUAAGUAAUACAAUAAAAUGAAAAAAAAAAUGCUUCGGUUGCCUUAAAAUAGCAAAAUAAAAACCAUUUGGACCUAGCGGUUCAAAAAAUCUUAAAUCUUAAAUUAAAAUUACUCAAAUCACGAUCAAUCUUCUUAGUUCAAGCCAUUCUAUGUGGAAAUUGCUUUUGGCUGUGUGCUUGUCCUGUCACCGGCUCCCCAGCAGAGGGCGUCACACUCCACACAUUUGGUCAUCAUGUGGAUCUCCAUUGACUUUGUCCAAGUUUUCCAUGCACCAAGACUUUAACCCGGAAAGACAGAAGAAUUCUCACGAGACUGCCAUGGAGGAAGUUGUACGUAAUGUAAAUAUACCAAAAUUUGCUUGUUUACUUAUCUCUUAUUAUUAUUAUUGUUGUUGGUUAUUUUUCCCGUUUUUCUUACUUUGAUAUUCUCGGAAAACCUUUUGUGUGGAUUUUUUUGAAUCCGAUAAAACAUCUGGUAGUGAGCAGGCAGCGAGCGUAUAUGAAGUAGGUUUAGACAUGGUGGGCUAGUUCCUGGGCCUUUCCCUGGAGUCCACCCUACCUUUUUUACAAGCUUAAUUUAACAAUACUGAUACACUGUAAAAUAAUAUAUACGUCUACAUAGAAAUGACUUGAAUUCUGAAUUUUUAUUUUGUAGCUAAGUCUAACCAUUUUUAUUUAGAUUUGUUUAUGUGUUAAACUAAUUAGAGCUUAUUUUUUUCUGAUUUCAAAACCAAAUCAUCUGCCAUGGAAUAGUUAUAUUAAUUACAAGUGUUACAGAAUUCCACUUAAAAUGUAUUUCUAUUGGCAGAAAAUGUUGCUUUGAAAUCAGCAAAUAAUAUCUCGAAACUAGUGUUCUGAUUUCAAAAUAAUUUGCACUGGGACACGUUUUUUCCAUGUUCAAACUUAAGGAAUUCCAAAUUUCAUUCAAGUCAUUUGGACAGUUUUAUUUGGGAUUGAUGUCUGUUUCAAAUGAUUUUUUUUCUGAUUUCAAAACCAAAUUAUGCGCAGUGGAAUACUUCUUUUACUUAGAAGUACAAGUAUUAUACAUUUCCACUUAAAAUGUAUUCUGUGAGCAUAAAAAUUACCUUUGAAAUCAGAAAAUAAUAUCUCGAAACUAGUCGUCAGAUUUCCCAACUGAAUUAUUUGCAAUGGAACACAUUUUUGUCCAGGUACAAAAAAGCUCAAAAAUCUUAAAGAAAUAAAUACAUAAAUAAAUAAAAUAAAUCAGAAAAUGUCUCAAAACCUGCCUGAUUUCAUACAAAGUUACCAGCUAUGGAAUAUAUGUAUCAUAAUUAAAAUGUCACAAAAACCCACUUAAAAUUGUGCUGCAUUGGUA